AUGACUACCCGAGGGGAUUAUUUCGUAGACACCUCGGCCGUAACAGACGAGGCCGCAAAGGAUGCUAUGGUACUAUCUGGGGCUGUUAGCCCCGAUCCCCUACUCCAGGGAGGACCCUCUACACAAACUAGGUCAACGGGUAAACGCUCUGCUCAAGCCCAGUUUACGAGGUCCAUGCAGGAGUUUUUGGAUACCCAUGAGGCACAAAUGAGGUAUCUUGGUACAGCUGGACAGGCCGUUUGGCAGCAGCUACAAAACCUUCAGGAACAAGUGCAGGGGAGUGGGCAAAUUCUGGAUAAGAAAGCACGGCAAGAAGCCAUUGCCCAGAAGCAACAUCUCGAAUCGCUCUUUGAGCUCGUCGAAAAUAACCAACUGUUGGAGGCGGAACGACAGCUGAGAGUUGCAAGAGAAGAGCGAGAACAGGAGAAAAGGGAACAACGGGAGCUGUUGGUGCAAUUCAAGCAGUCUGAUGACGUCAGAAACCAACGGAUAGCCGAGAUGGAGGAACGACUACGACAACAUAUGUCGGUAGCACCCUCCAUGGUUAGUGCUCCCUUAGAUCCUAAUGCUCCCCAAGCGGUUCCUGUUGGCAACGGUAAGAAACCUGAAAAUGCUGGCCCAGUAGGAGGAAACGCUGGUCCAGUAGGAGGAAAUGGAGGCAGGCAACCGGAAGACGCCGGCCCAGUGCGGGGCAAUAGUGGCAGAGGACCGGUGGGAGCUGCUCCAGUUGGCGGAAUGGUGGAAAUCAACCUCCUUGAAACCCACCAAGAGGAAAUUGAAUGGUCGCAUGGCCGGAAGAAUUGGAGAAUGAACCGAGGCGGAAACCGGAAUUCGGCGCCGCCUGAAGACGACGAGAUGGUAGAUUCACUCGCCAAAAUACCUGUGAGGGAUGCGUACCAGACCACAAGAGUACACUACGCGGAGCUCAGAGUUCGGCUAACAGCUACAAAGGUAGAAGUCUCCAAGAUCUCUUCAGUCAACGUCGAGUAUGAUUCUCCUUGA